AUGUCGAACAGCGAGAAACAAUUUUAUUGCAUAAACUGCGGCGAAAAAGUCGCCAAUUUAUACAAGAGGUACAGCGAAACGGUACUGAAACUAAGUGUGUGCGGGAGAUGCAAGCAAAUCUCCGACAAGUACGUCGAAUACGACCCGGUCGUCAUUGUGAUCGACCUGAUUUUGCUUAGAAUUAUGGCCUACCGACACGUGCUCUUAAAUUCCGAAUUCAAGGAUUUUUGGAAAUUGUCGCUUCUGCUGACCUUACUGGAGGCCUAUUCGAAUUGGACGUUUUCCGAUCGGUUUCUGAAUAGUUCCGAGACCAUUUCAAACAAAACGGCAGGCGACCUCCGAGAGUUUGAUAUCAACCUGCACGACUUUAAAUUUUACCUGAUUUACCUGAAUAUAACCGCCAGUACUAAAGUUUGGAAUAAGGAUUAUUUGGUCGUUGCAAACUAG